CCUCCUCACAAGAAUAUGCCUCUCGCAAAGGAUCUUCUUCAUCCCUCUCCAGAAGAGAAGAGGAAACACAAGAAGAAACACCUGGUGCAGAGCCCCAAUUCCUAUUUCAUGGAUGUAAAAUGCCCAGGAUGCUAUAAAGUCACCACCGUCUUUAGCCAUGCAUCAACAGUAGUUUCGUGUGUUGGCUGCUCUACUGUCCUCCGCCAGCCUACAGGAGGAAAAGCAAGGCUUACAGAAGGAUGCUCUUUCAGACGGAAGCAGCACUAAAAGUACCCUGUAUCAAGAUGAACGGGAAACCAGCCCAAUAAACACGUUUUGGAUU